AUGGCUGAACAAAUGAAAUUGAAAGGAAUGCUGAAAGGUCACGGUGAUUGGGUGACACAAAUCGCGACGAAUGCUCGUUAUCCAAAUAUGAUCAUUUCUUCGUCUCGUGAUAAAACGAUAAUUGUGUGGAAACUUGACGCCGAUGAUGCUAUGUCUAUGCCACUUAGAUCUACCGACGAUCCUUUGCAGCCUCAAGUACAGCUUGGGGGAAAAGCUGAAAGGGCUUUGCGAGGCCAUGGACAUUUUGUUUCGGAUGUAGUUAUGUCUUCUGAUGGGCAGUUCGCUUUAUCUGGUUCGUGGGAUAAGACGCUUCGAUUAUGGGAUUUAUCAACCGGUCAAACAACUCGACGAUUUAUCUCUCAUACGAAAGAUGUACUUUCUGUAGCGUUUUCUGUUGACAAUCGCCAGAUUGUCUCAGGAUCACGCGAUAAAACCAUCAAAUUAUGGAAUACGUUGGCACAAUGCAAAUAUACCAUUUCUGUUGUGUCGGCAGACUGUCAUAGUGAUUGGGUAUCAACCGUGCGGUUCUCUCCUUCAAGCGCGAAUCCUGUUAUAGUUUCUGCUGGUUGGGAUAGAGUUGUUAAAGUCUGGAACCUUGCUAACUGCAGAUUGAAAACAAAUCACUAUGGUCAUUCGGGUUAUAUCAAUACCGUUACUGUGUCACCUGAUGGAUCGUUAUGUGCAUCUGGCGGAAAGGUAUUAAUUUUUUAG